CCCGCACCCUAUUUACACUUCACACUUCUCAGAGUCCUCCAUGACUUCACCCCCGGGGCUGCCAGCUUUCCGCUCCCAGAGCCUACCACAGCCGAGUCGCGUCCCGGCCAAGUCCCGCGUCCCCCCCCCGGCGCCGCGUUCCCCCCGGUCCCGCCCCCCGCAGGUGGCUCUUGGGCGCCUCCCUGGGGGCGGUGCGCGGCUCUGCAGGCGGCGGGGCGCCCGCCGGGUCCUCCCAUCUCGUCCGAGCCGAGCCGAGCGGGGCCCAGCCGUGCUUGAGUCGAGCCGACCGGCACCAUGCUGGGCAUGAUCAAGAACUCGCUGCUGAGUACGGUGGAGCCGUGGCCCUACCGGGUGCUCAGCAAGGGGGAGAAGGAACAGCUCAGCUACGAGGAGAGGACUUUGGAGGGCGGGCGGUUCGCGGCCGUGGAGGUGGUGGGGAAGCCGUUCGACGAAGCCUCGAAGGAAGGGGUGCUCAAGCUCCUCAAGUACGUCGGAGGAACCAACGACAAGGGAGUUGGAAUGGGCAUGACUGCUCCUGUCUCCAUCACUGCUUUCCCUGCUGAAGACGGCUCCUUACAGCAGAAUGUGAAGGUCUCUCUGCGGAUCCCGAGUCAGUUUCAAGCCAACCCUCCUUGUCCUAGUGAUGAAAGCAUUAAGAUUGAAGAGAGGCAAGGAAUGACCAUUUAUUCCACGCAGUUUGGUGGCUAUGCCAAAGAGACGGAUUACGUCAACUAUGCUGCCAAGCUGAAGUCUGCUCUGGGGAGUGAUGCUGCAUACCGCAAAGAUUUCUACUUCUGCAAUGGUUAUGAUCCCCCUAUGAAGCCUUAUGGGCGACGCAAUGAGGUCUGGUUUGUGAAAGAGUGAGCAUCUGGCUCCCUGUGAUUCUGGCUUGCACUGGCAACCUCUCCAUGCUAUGUUUCUGUCAUCUUCAAAAUAAACUGACAAUUUGUCAGAGACAGAAAAGCAUCAUUCCCUUCCUCCACUCCUAUGUCUUGGUCUUUUACAGACCAACCAUUUUAGAAAGACACUGCAGACCUCCCUCACAGUCCUUCUCCGUUGUUCAAGACCAGGUCCUCAACUACACAGACUCUUGUGAUCUCUCCGUGGUUUACUUUUAUCUCUCUUGUGCUGCCGGAGUUCAAUGCUGAGGAAGCCAAAAGUGCUUAAUUAGCAAGAAUGAUGCCUGACAGGAGUUGCAUCCAAGUGCUGGCAGAAUAUUGGUCUCACCUGAGGCAGGCAGGGGAACAUGACCCAAGUGCAUACAGGGAUGUUUUUAUCUUCUUGAGCUUUCUGCAGCUGUAAAAUGCUGCUUUUAUCUGUGCCAUUCCAAAAGCAGUCUAAAGGGACAUGGGCAUUGGUACCAACACAGCACAGUGCAUAUAAGCAUCUUUUACAUUUGUCAUCUGACUGAGCAAUCUCAUUUAGAGGAAGAUACAGGUUUCUGUUUUCAGCUGUCCUUCUGUUUGAAGUGGGACAUUUGGGGUGUGUUAAUGUGCUAAUCUCAACUCACAGCUGGACAAUGUGAUGUGGACACCCUAAGAUAAUUUCCUCACAUUCCUGUUACUUGUAUGUAAAAUUUCUUUAAAACUAGCCUAUAUAAGGGCCAAAGCUGAAAUGUGUAUGAUAAUCUAAUGGAAUGAGAAAAACACAGGCUGUGAAAAAAGCAGGUGCCUAUUACUUGUGAUCUGAGGGCACAUUUGAAGAAUGGUGAACAUCUAGUGGAACCACUGUGGGUGCAGGUCUUUAAAUAACAUCUCUUAAAUUGUUUUAGUUUCUGAAGGACUGCUUGGAGCAACUGUCUUUAAAGGAGGAGGAAAACCUGGCUGUUCUUGAAAAUAGGGAUUUAAGUCAAAUAAUGAGUAGCCUUUUGGAAACUUAAAAUGAAAUAGUAAGGGAAUGUCUUGUUUUAGGAAGACCGGCAAUGUUUAACCAUUAGGCAUCAAAACAGCAUUUUGGCUGUUGGCUCUGCCAGGGAGGCAGCAUGGUGCCUGCAGUGGGGACAUGCUCACACACCAUGCCACUGUGUCUGCCUGUAUCAUUUGUUACCUCUUCUAAAAGAGGUGUGCUCCUCUGAUGCUACAGUGCCUCAAAGUUCAGGCACUUUCCAAAAACCAUUUUCCUCCUGGAGCUGAAAGAGAUUUGUCCCAGGUUCUGGCCAGUCAAGCUGUUUGACAUGUGCCUGCUUUCUGAGAAUGAAUCUCAGCAUUAAAAGGAGAAAACCUGAGGUUCUGAUGUGCUUUCAUUUUCUCUCUUGCUGAGCUGUGUAAGAGCUUUGCUGUGGACUUCACAAGUGUCAUCUGUGUGCAAGAGCAUCUUCUAGAUGGGUAAAAAGAGCAGAUACCAUUCAAUUAAAAACAAAACAACCACCACCAAACAACAAGGGAAGAGCUAUUGGCUGCAGUUCGUGACUGCAGUGCAGGCGAGGAGCAAUCAAAAGAGGGAAAUCAAGGCAGACAGAGAGUUAGGCUUUUGAAGGAGAUUUUUAAGGAGCAAAGGCCCUUCUAAGGCCAUCCCUGAAUCCAGAGAGACCUAUUCGUGUCCCAGAUUAUUUUUACCUGUGUGGGUGAGGAAUAGCGGGACUUAGUGCUGCCUGGUUUAUGCAUUCCCAAGUUCAUUUUGGAACUUGUGUAUAGACUGUGGAUACAGUCCUUUCUGGCUACCAGUGAUGAAUGUCCUGCAAUAAUCAAAAUCCUGAAAUUUCUCAAAAUUUCUCUUGUGAAAUCUCAGACAUUAGGAAGACCAAUAAUAAACUUGAUGUGAACAGAGCUGUACCUUUUAGCAGUGUGGUUUGUUUUUUUGUUUUUUUGGUUUCUUUUUGUAACAUGCAUACACUCUGAACAAAGCGCAAGAGCUUCUGAGAAUAAUCAAAUCUAUAGGCUCUACCUGUGCAGCUCUGCUAAGGCCUUUUGCAUGUUGUGGGCAGGGUACAGUUUCAUAAACAGUUUCAACUGAUAUCAAAUCUUAUGCAAACAGUUUCAUUUUCUGUAUAAGCAAAGAUGCCUGUGUUCUGUCUGCAUUUUCUAGAGAUUUUAAAUAAAAGAAAAUAAUAACACUGUGAUUUACAA